AUGGUGACAAGCAAAGCCCUACAAACUUGUUUUCUUUUAUGGGCAUUUGCAGCUUGUUUAUCAACUGCUUCUUCAAGCUUUCAAGAUGAAACAAACCCAAAUGCAAUCUCUCCUCCCCCUGUUGUCUCUUACCAAAAUCCAAAGCUGGAUUGUGCAAAUGAACCACCAGCAGUUUCAAGUCCACCACCAGCUGAUCAUGCGGAUAAUCCUCCACCCGCAGUUUCAUAUCAGAAUCCACCUCCUGCUGAGGCUAAUCCACCGUCAGGCGGCAGCAUAACACCACCAUCUCACUCGCACAAGCAUCACCACCACCACCAUCACCAAAAACCACCUACUAACUGCGAUAUUCCACCUACUAGUGGCUAUAACAACCCCACCCCGCCACCUCCUAUUGACUAUCAUAAUGAGCCUCCAAGCAGUGGUACCAGUCCUCCUAAUACACCCACAGAGCAACCUGCUGUACAACCUCCUUCUCCCGUCGAGGAUCACAACCCAGCUGUAGCACCCUCUCCCAUCGAGAAUGACAACCCUUCCCCGACACCCUCUGGAUAUCACUACUACCCUCCACCUUCCACCACCACAUCGCCACCUCCCACCAACUACCAUAAUGAACCUCCAAGUAGUGCUAACAGUCCUCCUUAUGGUACUCCUAAUACACCUGCAGAGCAACCUGCUGUUCAACCUCCUUCCCCCGUCGAGGAUCACAACCCAGCCGCAGCACCCUCUCCCAUCGAGAACAACAACCCUUCCCCAACACCACCCUCUGGAUAUCACUACUACCCUCGACCUUCCAACCCCACCCCGCCACCUCCCACCGACUACCAUAAUGAACCUCCAAGUAGUGCUAACAGUCCUCCUUAUGGUACUCCUAAUACACCUGCAGAGCAACCUGCUGUGCAACCUCCUUCCCCCGUUGAGGAUCACAACCCAGCCGUAGCACCCUCUCCCAUUGAGAAUGGCAACCCUUCCCCGACACCACCCUCCGGAUAUCACUACUACCCUCCACCUUCCACCACCACCCCACCCUCCACGUCUCCCGACGCUGACACACCAUCCACUGCUCCUAACGCUAACACACCCUCCACCACCCCACCAACACAUACCAAGCCCACUACUCCCCGGUCAAAAACACCGCCAGUCACCGGUAAAACGUCUCCAUCACCUCCAUACUUCCCACAUUUACCCUUCUUUGGUGGUACAUGCGAUUUCUGGAAGGGACAUCAGCACUUGUUAUCGGAUCUACUCACGUGGUGGCGUACGACGUUUGGUCGAGGCGACGAUACUCCUGGACUAAACAUGAACUUUCAAGAAGCACUUUCAAACACCAGAACCGAUGGCAUUGGUGCACUUUACCGUGAAGGAGCCGCUUCUUUGCUAAACUCCAUGGUGAACAAGAACUUCCCCUUCACAACGAGCGAUGUCCAAGAUAGUUUCUUGGCUGCACUUCGAUCGAACAAGGCUGCAGCGGCUCAGGCAGAGGUUUUCAAGCUAGCUAAUGAGGGUCGACUCAAGCAAAGAGUUUAG